UCCCGUCGCUCCGGGUGACGUCAUCCCGCCGCGCCUCGCCCGUUUCCAUGGGAACCCGCGGAGCAGGCGGUGGGAGCUCGUCGUGCCGCGGCCCCGCUCGCCGCCAUGUUCGCGGACGGGACGGCGCCCGGCGCCGCCGUGCAGUCGCUGUGGCGGAGCGCUCGGAGCGCGGGCUGCGAGGCGAAAAGCUGCCAGACUGCAAAAAUUUCAACAGCAGAAGCUGCAUCACAAUCUCAUACCAGCCGAGAUGCCGGUGUGCAGGCGGAUCGCAGCGAAGACGCUGCCCAAGACUUCCAGCAGGAAGCCCAUGUAGAUUACGCUGGUCUUCUGUCGUUCCUUCAGAGAGCGGAGGACACUGUCAUCAAAGAGCUGAAUAAAAACUGGAGAAGCCGAGCCUUCGAUGGCUUUGAAGUGAACUGGGCAGAUCAGAACGAAACAGUGUUGUGUUUGCACACGUUGUCAUACGCGGAGGCUCGGGAUCAAAACCUACAGGUUACCAGCGUCUCGUGGAACACAACCGGAUCCGUUGUUGCGUGUUCGUACGGCCGGCUGGACGAUGGGGACUGGAGCACAGAAAAAUCCUACAUUUGUACCUGGAAUCUGGACAGGAGAGGGUUGAAUGCGCAGCGCCCUGACCUCGUGGUGGAUGUCCCCAGUUCUGUCAUGUGUGUGGCUUUCCACCCCUCCCGGCCUUCGCUGAUAGCUGGUGGCCUGUUCAGCGGGGAGCUGGUGGUGUGGGACACCAGCCGGACAGAAGACCCGGUGAUCUGGAGGACGGGGAUGACGGACGACACUCACACCGACCCGGUCUACCAGGUUAACUGGUUACCCGAGGCAAAGCACGGAACGCACUGCCGGCUGCUGAGCGUCUCAACGGACGGAAAGAUCCUGGUGUGGAGGGAGGAGCGGGAUGGUCGGUUGGCCUUGGCCGAAGGGUUCGCCGUGGUGGCUCAGCAGAUCCCUCGCAGCGCUCGGCUGAAGUUCGCCCGGGGAGACACCGCCGUGGGUGUGACCUCGCUCUCUUUUUCACUCUUCGAUCCCCGCGUGUUCGUUGUUGGUCUGGAAAGCGGCUUUUCCCUGAGGUGCUCCACUGCGGCCGAGGCGCUGGCUCUGCACCGGCUGGGCGGCUCCGUUCCGCUCCGGGCGCCGGCCGAGCUCGCCUUCUCCCCGCACGGCGGGCCCGUCUACUCUGUCAGCUGCUCGCCCUUCCACAGGAACCUCUUUCUGAGCUGUGGGACUGAUGGACAAGUUCACCUGCACUCCAUGUUACAGACACAACCCCUCAUUUCCCUUCAGUUAUCUAAGAAAUACCUCUUCUGUGUGCGCUGGUCUCCAGUUCGACCGCUGGUCUUUGCAGCUGCAUCUGGGGAAGGAGACGUGCACCUGUUUGACUUGGAGAAGAGCUCGCAGAAGCCUGUGGUUUCCCUGAAGCAGGCCGCGGGUGGGCGCCCCGUCUACUGUUUGGAAUUUAACGCCAAGCAGCCCGGGCUGCUGGCAGCAGGGGACGGCACCGGCACUGUCCGAGUCUGGCGGCUGAGCUCUGACUUCACUGAGCAGGGACCCAGGGAGCAGAGUCGCCUGGAGCAGCUGGCGAACGAGAUCGCGGACUGAGGCAGCAACACCACGGCUGCCUGAAACUUGCUCUGGCUCAGGAGAAGUUGCCCACGCGCCUUCCGCAGCGCGGCCUCUGAAACACACGUACCUACAGCAGCUGGAGUUUCAUCCACGUAACAGUUAAAUAUCCAUUUAAUCAUUAAACACAAGCUGAUGUGGUUCGACCAGUAA